GACCCAUAGAACGUGCAUGGCAUCAACCAACGUGGCCAACGCAAUAAUUUGCGUAACGUUUCUGUUUUUAACGUAGUAGAGUUGAGAAAGCUAACUUUACAGAUUGCAUAUAGAUAUAAUAACCGCUGUCAUUGCAUGGACGUUAGAACGUAACGUUAGUGCCAGACACUACAGACUGGUGUCGAAUGACACGGAUAAUCUCUCCUCAUUGAACCCGGAAGAACAGCCAUGGAGUUUCUCCCAGUACUUGACCCAAUUGAUAAACCCAAAGAAGGAAUAUGGUAUUCUUUGAUACCGAGGGGAAGUGCUCCGGGUGUUAGUGUGGGUCACACCUGCACGUUUAUUCCAUCUGAAGAUGGAGGAAAAGGAAGAAUCCUUAUUGUUGGAGGUGCCAAUCCCAGCGGCAGUUUCUCACAUUCACAUAUCAUAAAUCUAGAUAAUCAUGAAUGGGACAUCCCAGAGUGGGAGGGUUUGGAGUCACGCUAUGAACACUGCAGCUUUGUGCCAGAGAGCUGCCCUCAGAGCCUGUGGGUGUUUGGGGGGGCACAGCAGAGCGGCAAUCGCAAUUGUAUCCAGAAUUUACAGUUAACAGAUAGUGGGUCUCGCUGGAAGAAUGUAGGAGUGAAUGGCAAACCCCCCAGUCCCAGGACAUACCACACCAACUCAGCCAGCCUAGGGGACAGACUGUAUGUAAUUUCUGGUGGGGAAGCAGGAGCUACACCUGUCUCAGAUGCCAAUCUCCAUGUCUUUGAUACAGUGUCUUCCACCUGGUCCCAACCAGAAACACAAGGCAGACACCUGUCCGCCAGACAUGGCCACAUCAUCAUAGCAGUGGGUUCAAAGAUCUACAUUCAUGGAGGCAUGGCUGGAGACAAAUUCCACAAUGAUAUGUACACGCUUGACACAAGGAGCAUGAAAUUGGAGGAAGUGCAAGCCGAAGGAGACAUCCCC